UCCUAGACUUGCUUGUGGUAACACGGCAGGACACAAGUCCCGGUGAAAGUUUUUACAUAUGAAAUAAACUAAGUGCCAUCCAAAAAUACUCAGUUGAAAGGAGCGCUGCCGUUCGAACACUCAAAAACAUCCGGGGUGCUAGCUAUCAACCAAGACUUGUGACACCAUGGUUUACUACGGGCCAGCUCCCAAUGUGUGGAGCCCAACAACGCUGAUUAACAACCUGACCGUCGUCGAUAGUGUACCACCGGAGAUGCUACAUCUGGUGGAUCCUCAUUGGUAUCAGUUUCCACCGCUGAAUCCUCUGUGGCAUGGUAUUAUCGGGUUCGUCACUUUCAUCCUCGGUGUGAUCUCCGUUGUUGGCAACGGAGUCGUAAUUUACAUUUUCUCCACGGAAAAAUCGCUGCGCACACCGUCGAAUCUUUUCGUGGUGAAUCUGGCAGUGUCUGACUUCACAAUGAUGCUAACCAAUUCAUUUCCAAUGGUGUACAACUGCUGGUACGAGACCUGGGUGCUUGGCCCCUUGAUGUGCGACCUGUACGCCUACAGUGGGUCCAUUGUCGGAUGCUGCUCGAUUUGGACCAUGACGAUGAUCGCACUCGAUCGCUACAAUGUUAUUGUGAAGGGUCUCUCCGGUAAACCGUUGACGAACUCCGGUGCAGUACUGCGCAUCAUAUUCUGUUGGAUGGUCGGAAUAGUCUGGGGUGCACUGCCAAUGCUUGGCUGGAGUCGAUACGUUCCCGAAGGAAAUAUGACUGCCUGCGGUACCGACUAUUUAUCCGACGAUUGGGUCCAAAAGUCGUACAUCUUGUGCUAUUCUGCCUUUGUUUACUACACACCGUUGUUUACAAUCAUUUAUUCAUACUAUUACAUAGUGCAGGCCGUUUCGGCACACGAGAAAAGCAUGCGUGAACAGGCCAAACGCAUGAAUGUACAAUCGUUACGCUCCGGAGAUGACGGCAAGUCGGCAGAAAUGAAACUAGCCAAAAUAGCUCUGGUUACAAUCUCACUCUGGUUCAUGGCCUGGACUCCGUACACCAUCAUUAACUACACGGGCAUUUUCAAAACAGCCACAAUCUCACCCUUGGCUACCAUCUGGGGAUCACUGUUUGCCAAAGCGAACGCUGUGUACAACCCGAUCGUCUACGGUAUUAGCCAUCCGAAAUAUCGUGCCGCGCUAAACAAACGUUUCCCGGCCUUGGCAUGUGCCGAUCCUCCGGCAUCUGCUGAUGAUAAAUCGGUAGUGUCAGACACUACGGCCGUCAAUGAAGACAUGAAAACAUCGAGUGCGUAAUGUGAAAUACAUUAUCGCUCAUAUACAAAGACCUAAUGCCAACGAAUCUCUGGAUAUUCUGUUACGUUUAAGGACAUACUAACUACUGGAUCUCGACCUUGGCAAUGUUAAUCGGUAUCCGUGCAUACUCGUAUUUAAUACAGGUUUGUUUAAGCAAAUACAAAGUUUUUGGAAAAUUUCGUAGCAAA